AUGCGCCCUCACACCCGCAACCGACGCCACCUCUUUAGCAAGUCACUCGGCUGGAGGAGAGGACGGAAUUUUUUCAAUAAGUAUUUCCAGCCGAUCCUCGUGGACAUACGCGAUUACUAUCAGGACCGGCCCUGCGGGAAACUGAUAUUAGUGAAGCACCGGUUGGAGAACAUUGAGCGUGCAAGAUUAAUGAUGGCGGGACGACACAACACAGAGCUUGGGGUGGUGAGGGGUAGCGGGAGGGUGGCGGGAUGUAUCGAACGGGGGUUCGGCUUCACCCCCAGCGGAACAGUAAUGCGCCGUUUCUAUUCAGAC